UAAAAACSGUUGCCUGUGCGACCCGCCUAGAAUAAUCAACAAACAAAKACGUCAUCCACAACAUUGGAAGUGAACUAACACGCUGUGUGACACCCGAACUCUGCAGCGAGCUCAACGGACGAAAAUUCCGUUAAAUGAGCUUUUCUACACAUUGAAAGCGAAAAAGAUGUUAGCUUUGGUUGUCUGGGUGGCUUGUGUUUUCUCAGUAACGCUUGGGUACCCUCAUGGUGGCAGAAGGACACCCGUUAAUAAAAGAUCGGAYUAUUCCAUGUACGAUAAUCAAUUCUUUGACGUGGGAGAUACACCUUUGGAUAAUGAGGUGACAGAUUGCGCCCUAGUGCGACACCAAUACGCUCGUGGAUACAUACGACUAAGAGAGUUCCUUGAAAGAAUGGAAGGAUGCGGUAUCAAAGGWAAAAUGAAGAAUAUCGCUGGAAUUGAAGCAGCGACUAAAGAAGCUACAGACCUCCCCUCUAGUGUCACUUCAGGACAACAGAAUAGUGKCGCCAAAGCUGCCCCGUUCAAGCCACGCCCUAUUGGUGAAGUUCUAGAGAACGCAAAUCAUCAGAGGCCCCAAGUAGCUGCUUAUCAAAACCAAGGUUUUAAUAAACUAAUGAAGCAUCAACAAGGAGUCCAGAAGUCUCAGAUGUUUAAUAACUUCGGMUUCGUGGCUCAAGAAAGUCGUCCACUUUCAUACCUUCCAAAUCCUUCCACAGAGACCGUCCAAUCCCCUCUUGCAAGAAAGCUGAUUACACGCAAAAACAUGGACAUACCACAAGCUCAAGCACUYCAAAACUUAAAUGGAGCUAAGAAUAAAAAGUGGCCAAUUCCACAAAGGUAUUUCUCAGAUCAGACCAACUCCAUGGCUCAGCCUUAUGCUGCGCCUGCAGUCACAGUUGGUCAGCCGUUGAUCAAGAGCAAUCCUUUCCCUUCGGCAUUCCAYCAACAAGUGAAAGUUACCAGUKCUAYCCCGGCAGARGCAUUCCAACCAGCCAAUCCUGACUUAGAUAUAGACAAGCCAGCGAAAACGGCACCUGCCCAACAACMAAGCARCAUAAUCUCUCUUCCAAACCAGCCCAAGGCAUUCCAGCCAGCCAAUCCUGACUUGAAUWUAGAUAAGACUGUCCACAAUGUCGUSAAACCAGWUAAACAGGUUUCACAUGUUCAGUCUGGAAAGAUAAGAGAUGACAUAAAUGGAGAUGAGGUUUUSGAUAAUUCCAUGCAAGACGAAGCUAAUGAAGCUACUAUUGACAAGGAAGAGUCAGAUCCACUUCCGCCGGAAACAUCYUUCAGUUAUAAUCCAAAUUUAGAGCAAGAAGACUCGGCCCAAGUAGCUGACGCUACUGCUGAUGCAGARAAUUCCGCCAAUCUACCAAAUCACCCUGGAAGCGCUUUACCUUUGAAUAACGCACCAAGUGAGGUCCAGGCCACCCCUGAUGAUAUAUCCGCUGGCCCUAGACCAAAGGUUACUUCAAAGGCGCCAGAUGCCAAAACAUCUCCACAGAAAGCCCAAGCAAGCAUUAAAACAGCUCCCCAACAGUCCAGUCCUUCUAAAGAUGCUAGUCCAACACCCCAAAAUUCGCAAGCAAUUUCAAAUGUCCAGAAAACACCCAARCCAGCUUUACCKAAAUCCCCAUCGGGUCCACUUAAAGGUGAUGAUUUAAAUGGAGGYUCAGAGAUGAGUAAACUUGAYGARUUCUUGAGACCUGCUUCGACUACRAGCGAAGCCGAACCUGAUCAAACCAGCGACAGCACUAAGCUGGAGGCUGGCAAUGRAAKUCAUGAGSCUCAACCAGCAACAGGGUCAGUUACCCCAACCAAAAAACCUGGAAGUCUUGCUAUUAAUCUUGAUGUUCUGAAGAACCGUAUAUCAAGCAGUAAAGAUAUUGGAUUUCUUAAACGUAUGCUGACGUUGAUCAAGAAGAUCACGCAUCAYAAAGACUUUAAYAARCUGGGAGGMGUUCAAAAGAACGCCAUUGUUCAAGCAGGAAAAGCRGUCCACAAUGCUGUYGCAAAGAAUGAUGGGAACUUYGGCGAAAGAUCUUCAAUYCAGCAACGUCCUGUUAAUUGGGUACCUGGCCAGUAUACCGCACAAGGGUACGUUGCUAAUAGUUACGAUGUCUCGGGUCAACAGACUCAGAGAUCUUUCGUGCAAACUAAUCCUCCAAAAUGGAAUCCUGGAGACUACACAGCCUACUCCUCGUACCCAUCAUACCAAGCGAGCCUUCAGUAUCAUCCUCCUCACUGGAARCCUGGUGACUACACYGCGGGAACUGGGUCGGUAGGUGCACAGUUGGUUCAACCAAAUCAGCCUCAAGCCACAAAGAAAUUCCAGAUCGAGCGAAACMAAUAUUAUCARUCACAACCUCAACGGCCAGUCUCCUAUAGACCGCCAUAUCAUAGUCUUAAAAGACUAAGUUUUGGACUUUAUAAUGGCAAUACUCCUUAAUUUUUCAAAGGAUUAGACUGUGACAAAGCGAGGACAAAAUAAAAGACAUUUGGCUGUCUUCAGUGAGUUUCGUCUACCUGAUGAAACAGCACUAAAACUAUAAAUGAUUUUUUUUUUAUGAAUUUAGAGGACAGAGCAGGUGAAUAUAUGAAGGAAACUAUAUGUUUCUAUAUGUUUAAACUAUAUGUUAUAUAACUAGUAUGGGUUACUGAUAGACGACAUAUAAUCGCAUUUACUAGAUAUUUCGAGUGCGCAAGACUUGGCAUCCAUCAAAAAAACCUCUUAUUCAUCUCGUGGAAUUUUUUUAACACAUUUGUCUUUCAAUGGACGACCCACUUAAAUGAACUAUAUAAAAAUAUAGAAGUAGGACGAAUUAAAAGGCGGAUAAUUAAGAAUAGUUUAUAUUGAGACGUUAUUGACUGCGUUUUUGUAUCGGUUUGCUUUCCCUUAAGGAAAAACAAUACGAAAAACGCAACGAAAACCUAUCAACSAAGACGCCUAGCAGCCGCGAUAAAUCACUAGUAAAAUUUGUGCACAUAUACACAAUAUAAAACAGAUAUUAAUCUACUUUCCUUAGACUCGGCUCUGUCUCGUUUAAAGGAUUAAUAUCCAAUGUUAUGCAGGUCUAAUCAUAGCAGUGAUUAUGUUUUUAAAAGACAAAUUUUACUAGAUAAUUGACAAGGAAGAUAGUAUAGUUUUUUUUAAUUCUUGAUAAAGGAGUGGAAAUAAAUUCUAGUUCAAUGCUUUGCAUCAACCUAUGCAUACAGAGAGGCAUUAUUAAAUAAAUGAUUUUUUAUUCUA